GCAAUGCUUUAGCCCUGCGUUCACGAUGCCUCAUUGCUGCCAUUGAUCGGAAUUGAUUGUAUUACUUUGUGCAAUCGACUUACAUCGGACGCUUAUAGAGGUUUGCACCACAUCAUUCUUGCAGCCCAUAAUCAUCAUCACGACGCCGAGCAACUCAACUCAUCCCAUACAUACCGCCCGCUCAUCGCUAGUCUAAGUCGGCUAUAUAUCAACGUCCACCACAUUACAGCGAACAUGGCCGCAGCGGCGAGAUCCUCGUCGAUCCUGCGCCGUUCGCUCUUGUACGUGCCCGCGUCGUCGCAAAAGAUGCUGUCCAAGUCGCUUCGCCUCGCCUCCGACAACGUCACUUAUGACCUCGAGGACUCCGUCACACCCUCUCUCAAGCCCUCGUCCCGCCAGCAGCUACGCUCCCACCUCACCUCACUCUCUGCCCGCCCUCAGUCCAUCGCCGAGCUCGCUGUCCGCAUAAACGCCAUUUCCACCAGUUUCGCCCUCGACGACCUCACCGCCCUCGCCCCUGCACCCCUCGUCGACGCCAUCGUCGUGCCCAAGGUUGAGUCGUCGGCCGACCUCACCUUUGUCACCGACGUCUUGCGACAUGUCGCCCCUGACCGUCAUGCCGAAGGCUCCUCCAAUCCCAUCAAGAUCGUCGCCUUGAUCGAGUCCGCCAAGGCCAUCAUGAAUCUCGCCGACAUUUGCAAGGCCUCCCCGUACCUCAGCGGCCUCAUUUUUGCCGCCGAGGACUUUGCCCUUGACUUGUCCAUCACACGUACCCCGUCGCUAACAGAGUUCCUGUACGCCCGUUCUGCCAUCAUAACUGCCGCCCGCGCCGCCGGCCUUCCAAGUGCUAUAGACCUCGUCUGUACCUCGUACAAGGGAGACGAGGGGCUCAGGCGGCUUCAAGACGAAUGCGCUGGUGGCAAGGCUAUGGGGUUCAAUGGCAAGCAGUGCAUUCACCCCAACCAGGUCGAGAUGGUGCAAAAAAUGUUCGCCCAAGCUCAAGACGAGGUCGAGUGGGCGGUGCGUGUUGUCGUCGCGGACGAAAAGGCUGCCGCCUCUGGCCGCGGUGCCUGGACUCUUGAUGGCAAAAUGAUUGAUGCUCCAGUCGUCGGCAAGGCCCGUUCCGUGACUGCAAGGGCCGAGCAGUGCGGUUUUGACUUACCGGCCCUGAGGAACAAGUGGAAAGACCAGCAGCCGGAAUGAGUGCCUUGCAGGACUGUUGAAAAGGUCAUGGAGCUUCUCUGUCUAGCAACCCUAUCUCACUGGUAAACAUUUGGACGCCAAAAUCUCAUCAUUUCGAGCUCAUCAUAGCCUCGUGCAACCCAAGACCGAGGCAGCUUAUCCCGCAGAGGCCGACGACGCCUUUCGUUGGUAGAGGACUCGAGAUGCCGUCCAUCUUCUCGAACAUGGGGGGCGAAGCCAGAGUGGCUGAAAGGAUCGAUGUCAGCAAUAUCCUCAAGGUCUGUUGCCCACCGGUUGGCGUGUAUUUGUGUGUCUAUAGUAUCUCUGUCUAAGAAUUGAACUGGGCUGCCGGCGCCGUCCUCGAGGUAAACGCUCGAGUCCGCGAAUGUCGACUCCAGCAUCUC